CUUUCAAUCCAGGGAAGAACUCCGUAAUGGGAUACAUUCUUCUGAUGGAAGAAAUUGCUAUGCGUGCCGACAUCGAAGAAAAAUUAACGGUUCAGUUUAUCAUUGAUGGUUUUCGCGAUCGUUCUACCAGUAUCGCCUUAUUGUAUUCAGCGACGACCAUUGGAAAACUUAAGGAGCUGGCCCGUCAAUACGAGGCUUUAAGGAAGAGUACCCAGACGACUUUCAAGCGCUCUGAGAUGAGUGCAUCAGGACCUGACCAGAACCAGGUGCGCUGCUAUAAUUGUUCAGCGCAUGGACAUUACGCUUCAUCGUGUCCCGCACCUCUGCGGGAGAAGGGAUCGUGCUUCCAGUGUGGGUCCAUGCAGCACAAGGUGAAGGAUUGCCAACAGAAGCCUGUGCCAACUCAACGAUCCGUGAAUACAGCCAGCAACCAGCCGAUGAUGGACGACGGAGAGCAGCACAAUAUGUUUGUUCCUAUUAUGAAUCAGGUAGGGGUAUAUUUUUACACUGAUAUAAAACGCAGGUAUCAUAUUAAAUUUCUUUCUGCCAUGUUGGCAGCGUGCGGCGAUGCCUUAUGUAAAUUUUGA